CCUUUUCGGCCCUGGAACCGGCGAAGCGUGCCGUCGUGAGGGGAGGCGGGAGGCCACGCUCGGGGCUCCAGUCGUCUCGCGCCCCCCCCUCCCCACCCCACGUCGUCUCCUCAACCGGGCCUCGGAGGCCUGAGUCGCGCCAAGGCCGGAACUCGGGCGCGCGGGGCGUGGUUUCCGGAGGGAGCGCCUUCCGGGUGGCUCCGGCGCGCUUCCGUCUCCUCCCGCAGCAGCAGCAGCGGCGGCGGCGGCGGUGGCUCGCUUCCUUCCCGCUAACAGACUCGGCGAUGGCCGCGGAGGCUUGAGGGCCAGGAGGCGGCGGCGGCGGCAGCGGCAUGGAUCCUGUCGGGCCCGGCGGGGGCGCCGGCGGGAAGCCGAGCUUGCAGAUGGUCUACCAGGCCGUGCAGGCGCUCUACCACGACCCGGACCCCAGCGGCAAGGAGCGCGCCAGCCUCUGGCUCGGGGAGCUGCAGCGCUCGGUUCACGCCUGGGAGAUCUCCGACCACUUGCUCCAGAUCCAGCAGGACGUCGAGUCCUGUUACUUCGCAGCCCAAACCAUGAAGAUGAAAAUCCAGACCUCGUUCUACGAGCUCCCCACCGAUUCCCACGUCUCCCUGCGCGAUUCCCUGCUUUCCCACAUCCAGAAUUUAAAGGACAUGUCCCCCGUCAUUGUCACCCAGCUGGCGUUAGCCAUAGCCGACCUGGCCUUGCAGAUGGCUUCGUGGAAAGGCUGCGUGCACACCUUGGUUGAAAAGUACAAUAACGACGUGUCCUCCCUGCCCUUCCUGCUGGAGAUCCUAACGGUGCUCCCGGAAGAAGUUCACAGCCGGUCCUUGCGGAUCGGGGCCAACCGGCGCACCGAGAUCAUCGAAGAUCUGGCCUUCUACUCCAGCACGGUGGUCUCCCUCCUGGUGACCUGCGUAGAGAAAUCCGGGAGUGAGGAGAAGAUGUUGAUCAAGAUCUUCCGGUGCCUGGGAAGCUGGUUCAACCUGGGCGUUUUGGACAGCACCUUCAUGGCCAACAGCAAGUUGCUCUCCCUGCUUUUUGAGGUUCUGCAACAGGACAAGACGUCGUCCAACCUGCACGAAGCGGCCUCGGACUGCAUCUGCUCCGCCCUCUACGCCAUCGAGAACGUGGAGACCAACCUGCCCCUAGCCCUGCAGCUCUUCCAGGGGGUCCUGACGCUGGAGACGGCCUACCACAUGGCGGUAGCCCGCGAGGAUUUGGACAAGGUCCUUAAUUACUGUCGGAUCUUCACCGAGCUCUGCGAGACCUUCCUGGACAAAAUCGUUUGCACCCCAGGCCAAGGUUUGGGGGACCUGCGGACUAUAGAGCUGCUCUUGAUCUGUGCGGGACACCCGCAAUACGAGGUGGUGGAGAUAUCCUUCAACUUCUGGUACCGGCUGGGGGAACACCUGUACAAGACAGACGACGCCAUCAUCCACAGCAUCUUCAAGGCCUACAUUCAGCGGCUUCUUCACGCUCUGGCCCGGCACUGCCAGCUGGACCCCGACCAUGAAGGGAUCCCCGAGGAAACGGAUGAUUUUGGGGAGUUCCGGAUGCGAGUCUCGGAUCUCGUCAAGGAUUUGAUCUUCCUGGUUGGCUCCGUGGAAUGCUUUGCCCAGCUUUACGCCACUUUGAAAGAAGGCAACCCGUCCUGGGAGGUGACGGAAGCCGUCCUCUUCAUCAUGGCCUCCAUUGCCAAGAGCGUUGACCAAGAGAACAAUCCCACCCUGGUGGAAGUGCUGGACGGAGUGGUGCGCCUUCCGGAAGCCGUCCACACGGCCGUGCGCUACACCAGCAUCGAGCUGGUAGGGGAGAUGAGCGAAGUGGUGGACAGGAACCCCCAUUUCCUGGAUCCGGUCCUGGGCUACCUGAUGAAGGGCUUGUGCGAGAAAGCCCUCGCCUCCAUCGCCGCCAAAGCCAUCCACAACAUUUGCUCGGUGUGCCGGGACCACAUGGCCCAGCACUUCACCGGACUGCUGGAAAUCGCCCGCUCCCUGGACUCCUUCAUGCUCUCGCCCGAAGCAGCGGUCGGACUCUUGAAAGGGACGGCGUUGGUGCUUGCCAGGCUCCCGCUGGAGAAGAUCUCGGCCUGCCUCAGUGAACUUUGUGCCGUUCAGGUGAUGGCCCUGAAAAAGCUGCUAUCUCAGGAGCCGAGCAACGGCCUCUCCUCUGACCCCACCGUGCCCCUGGACCGCCUCGCUGUCAUAUUUAGGCACACCAACCCCAUCGUAGAAAACGGACAGACGCACCCCUGUCAAAAAGUCAUCCAAGAGAUUUGGCCGGUGCUGUCAGAAACGCUGAACAAACACCGGGCCGACAACCGCAUUGUGGAACGCUGCUGCCGGUGCCUGCGUUUUGCCGUCCGCUGCGUCGGCAAGGGCUCGGCAGCCCUCUUGCAACCGCUGGUCACUCAGAUGGUGAACGUCUACCAGGAGCACCAGCACUCCUGUUUCCUCUACCUGGGCAGCAUUCUCGUGGACGAGUACGGCAUGGAAGAAGGCUGCAGGCAGGGGUUGCUCGACAUGCUGCAGGUAAGCUGCAUUGAGAAACAUGUUCUAACUCCCUUUCUCUCCCCCCACCCCACCCCGCUUCCUUCCUCCACCCGUGGCAGGUUCAUCCAACGCAGCCCCCUCACCCUUCUGCGUAGCCAGGUCAUUCUCCCCAUCCUGCAGUGGGCCAUCGCCGCCACCACCUUGGAUCACCGGGACGCCAACUGCAGCAUCAUGAAAUUCCUACGCGACCUCGUCCACACCGGUGUGGCCAACGAUCACGAGGACGACUUUGAGGCCCGCAAGGAGCUCAUCGGGCAGGUGAUGACCCAACUGGGCCAGCAGUUGGUGAGCCAGUUGUUGCAGACCAGCUGCUUCUGCCUGCCGCCUUACACCCUACCGGACGUGGCCGAGGUGCUCUGGGAGAUCAUGCAGGUCGACAGGCCGACCUUCUGCCGCUGGCUGGAGAACUCCCUGAAGGGGCUGCCGAAGGAGACCACGGGGGGAGCCGUUCAGGUGACCCACAAGCAGCUGACCGACUUCCACAAGCAAGUCACCAGCGCUGAGGAGUGUAAACAAGUUUGCUGGGCGUUGAGGGACUUUACCAGACUCUUCCGGUAGCUGAGGCCUCUUUCGCUCUGCCUGUCCCAGGAAUGUCUUUAUUUUCAGAAGAGGAAAUAAAACAGCCAAGACGGUGAAAAACGAAACAAAAGCCACAACCAGCAAACUUCACUGCGGCCGAAGGUUCCGACUCGCUCCGUGUGUGUGUCCUGCCAAUCCAGAAGACGACGCUUUGAUGCAAGAACCAGUCGGUGAAGUUCCUGCUUGUGAGUGAGAAAAGAGAAAGGCAGAAAAAAAAUAACAAAAACAAAAAAAAAACCACAACACAAAAACAAAACAAAACCACCAGGGGGAAAAAAACAAAAACAAAACCUAAUCAUAAUUAAAAAAAAAAAGAGGAAAUCGAGCGCCAUUUCACCUGCGACUGUCGAGGGGCUGCCGUUCGGAGGGGGGAAGAGGGUUAGAAGAAGAGAUUUUUUCCGGAAGGACUGGAAAAAAAAAAAGAGAGAGAGAGAAAAAGAAAAAGAAAAAAAGAGGAAAAACAACAAUAACAGUAAUAAUAAAAAGAAAUGUUUUUUUUUUAAAAAAAAAAUCCACCCAAACACGAAACCAUCCACGGCUGAGUUUGCUUGGCAGCAAGAUUUGUUUU